GGUUACUGGGGUAAACAUAUUUACUUCAUGAGUCAAACGAGGACAAGCGUCGCGCUACUCUCAACAAAACGUUGAACUUAUUUUAAGCCAGAGUGAAACAGCGUGGGUGAACUAUACACAUCUAAUUAAUUUCAGUGGAGUUAAACAGGCUAGAAAAUGUCUGACUCUGAAUCGCCUGGGAAAUAUCGCCGCCAGAUUGGCAUAUGUCGGAUUGUGGUCGUCUUCCUUUGUGUGGUCAUAGUCGCUUUAGUCAUAGCAUUAGCCGUCGUCGCCUCCCGUUCAACGCCUGCAAAGACUGAAACACAGGCUCAGACACAAGACUGCAGUGCCGGUGACAAUAUCAACCUUGAUCCACCACAGGUACUACCGCCUUUCCAUGAUCUCACUCAGAAUGAGAUCAGGUCAUUGAAGAAGUUCCUAUAUGGGCAGACAGACCUAAAUCUGGCACACGCUGCGGACAUACUUAGUAAUAACAGUUACAUAUUUACAAUGGAACUUUACAUUCCAAACAAAAAGGACACGUUGAACUUUCUUGAUAAGAAUGCACCAGCGCCAAUAAGAGAAGCGUACGUUGUGAUUUUCAGGGGAGAUAAGCCAAAUCCGGUUGUAGAAGAAUAUAUCGUUGGGCCAUUGCCAAAUCCCACUAAUAAGAAAGCCCAGAAAACACAACCAUUCCUUUACCGUCCAUGGACCUCACCGGAAAUAGUUGGCGCUGUUUCUGUCAUGCAUCGUGAAAUUAAUAACAAAGUGAGCAAAAUUCUUCAGGAGAGUUAUGGUGGCAAACUGGGUAACUGUGAGGAGAACUGUCUAGAAUUUCAGAUGGCAAACCCAAUGUCCCCAACGGUAACAGGUGAACCAAAAAGAAGAAAACAGUGGUUUUGGCUCACACCUAUUGUCGAGUUCUGGAGUCUCCAUCCAUUAGACUUUCUAGUGUUAAUGGACCUUACAAGUAAUAAAGUUGAGGACUAUUUUAUUGACAAAAUUUUCUACGGUGAUAAGGUUUUCAGUUCCUUAGAUGAACUUAUGGAAUCAUAUGACAAUGGCACGGUUACUAAAACAAAGAUUCCCUUUCCGGAAAUUAGUAAAAACUUGUAUUCUUCUAUGAACAGAAGGGGGAAGCUGUUUCCCAGCGAACCAUUACUUCCGCCGAUUGAAUAUGAGCCAAGCGGUAAAAGAUAUUCAAUCAACGGCCGUCAUAUUAAAUACAUGGGUUGGGAUUUCGACGUAAGAAUGUCGACCAUUUCCGGUCCACAGAUAUUUGACAUACGGUAUAAUAAUGAGAGAAUUGUGUAUGAGCUCAGUCUACAAGAACUUGCAGCAUUUUACUCGUCCGCUAGUCCAGCACACAGAUUUUCAGACUACGUUGACAGCGUGGGUUUAAUUGGUGCCCGAGUCCGAUCACUGGUUUCUGGCGGUGAUUGUCCUUCACAUUCGACUUACCUCAGCAUGAACCACGUGUUAGAAGGAAAUGAAGACCCAGUUUACAUAGAUCGAGCUUACUGUGUUUUCGAACACAACACCGGAAAACCGCUAAGAAGACACUUGUCAAGCCAAGGUCCCUCGAAGUUUUACGAAGGAAUGAUGGAUGUAGUGCUCACUGUUCGCACCAUUGCAACCGUCGUCAACUACGACUACAUAAUGGACUUUAUUUUCCACCAAAACGGAGCUGUGGAAGUUCAGGUUAUUUCAACGGGCUAUAUUCUGACGUCGUUCAGUGUCCCUGCUGCAGAUGAUUACGGAUUCCGAUUACGUGAACAUAUCACUGGCAACCUACAUCAUCAUAUGUUUCAUUACAAAGUUGACAUGGAUAUUCACGGAACCGGAAAUAGAUUCGAAGUUCUUAAUAUAGUCCCAACAAAGGUGGAUAACUCUGAAUGGUCAGUAAGGAAAGAUUCGAAGUAUUCGUGCACUAAAAUGGUCAAAAAGGUAGUAAGUACAGAAAAAGAAGCGGCAUUGACGUUUAAUUUUGAUAAACCAAACUACCUGACCUUCUACAACAAUAAUGUCAAAUCGUCUGCUGGGGUCCCAAGGGCUUACAGACUUAUGACAAAGGGAAUGUCAAAACAGCUAUUUGAAAAGGGUUCUGGACAGGAACCCUCAGUGGCAUGGGCGCGUAACCAAGUAGCUGUGACCAAGUACAAAGAGGGGGAGAGAAGGAGCAGCUCCAUGUAUGCCAUCUGGGAUGCUGAGGAUCCAGUUGUCAAUUUCCAGAAAUUCAUUGACGACGAUGAAUCAAUUAAGGACGAGGACCAAGUUACCUGGGUAACAAUGGGCAUUCAUCAUAUCCCUCACAUGGAGGAUUUCCCCGUGACCCCUACAAUCGGUCUUGACCUCUCAUUCCUACUCAUACCUAACAAUUACUUUGAUGAAGAUCCGGCCAUGGGCUCUGGAGACGCUAUUAGAAUUCAACCCAACGACCAACAAGAUAUCGACAAGGGAAUAAAAGUGGAAACAUACGGAAAGUCUGAGCCGCAGUGUAAACCCAGGCAGUCGUCUUUUGUAAGUGAAGUCAAGAAGAACCCAGGGAGCAUUUUUGACCAACCAACUGGCGAAGUUGUAAUUUAACAUGUAAUUCUUAAAAUCUGUGUUGGAGAUAGAAGGAAUUACGCAUAAAUAUGAUAGUUCUGUUUAAAGUCAGAAAAAGGUCCUUAUUCGGGUGAAACACUUUGCUUGGGACGAGAGAGUAUUUUGCACUAUUUUGUUGUAAAUGUGAACUUCUAUCAGGGGAAGUAACUAAUUGAUGUGCGCUAAACCCAUUACUAAAUUGCUUAAAACUUUGAAAGGCGCGCAAGUUACAUACUGGGUGUCCACGAGAUGUCAUGUUUUCGGAUAAUAUAACACCUUCUUGUUUAAGUUGAAGGAUUUCUGCAGUAUUUCUGACCAUUUAGCCACCGAGAGUAUAAUAAUAUAAUUAGUCUCAUCGGAGCGGUCUCCGUAUUUUGCGGAACAUGAUCGUUUCAAGAUGAAAUAGUUCAUUAAAAAACAUUCAUUUUGUAUAGCUAGUGUAUUCGAUGCAGGACACUCUUAGUGAGGAGACAUUAGGAUUGUCAGGUCAAGUUUACCAACUUGCUCUUUUCUCCUAUUAUUUUUUUUUUCUCAGUGAUUUUUAAUUGUUUCAUCUUUGAGAAAAUAUGCUAAAGAAAAUUUUAAAUAGUGAUACCUAUCGAUUGGGUACUCAAGUAUAAAAGAUAGUGUGUACAUAUUAGUAAGAUGUCUUGGAGUAGGGUCGGAAGAGAGAGCUAAUGUUAAAGCUUGCAUUGCACCCCAAUCCAUUUGCACUCUCAAUUAACAUUAAUUUUGUAUGAUUUUGUAUGUAAUAUACUUAUACGAGUAAAUGCAUUAAUAUUGUA